GCCUCCAUUUUGUAUCGGUCGGCCCGUUUCCGUGUUUUCCCGUGAAGGGACCGAUAAAACUGUGUCAACAGGGAGUAUGGCUCUGCUCGUAGGUCAGGAGUGCGGCGGCUAAAGUUUUCCGUAGCUACCUGAAAACUUUUCAAAGUGACUCUUAACCGCUUCGUUUCCUCAAACAAGUGUUGUUGACAGAACUCAGCCGGACUGCGCUGACACUGACAGCUCCAUGCUAACCAGCUAACUGCGGCUAGCUCCGCUGUGUAACCGCCACUAGCCCAGAGCGAGCUAACGUUAGCCGGCUAACCUGUGAGUGUUUUUCGGUGGCGUUAAGUUACACCAGCACCCUCCCAUCCUAACUUUUUGGGUCAAACACGACGGCACUUUCUAUUCAUGUUGUUUUGGAGGACGAGUUUAUCAAACCUCUUCUUCUUCGAGCCUGGGAGUCAGCGCGUGUCGUCGUGCCAGCUGAGACGGUGAAGUCACCGGUUCUUACCCCCGCCACACAGAGAGGUGCCAACAGAGGGACAGGAUGCCGAUUCCUCCCCCUCCCCCUCCUCCCCCAGGACCCCCGCCUCCCCCCACUUUCAGUCAGGCGAACACAACUCCUCCUAAACUGAGCUCAUCCGAGGCUAAAGGCAGAGGAGCGCUGCUGUCGGACAUCUGCAAAGGCACCAGACUAAAGAAGGUCACUGUAAUCAAUGACCGGAGUGGCCCGAUCAUAGAAAAAUCAGGAGGUGGUGGCGGAGGUGGCGGAGGCGGAGGAGGUGGUGGAGGUGGUGGAGGUUUUGGAGGCGGAGGGCCAAUGGGAAUGGGAGGUCUUUUCCAAGGAGGUGUGCCAAAAUUACGCCCAGUUGGAGAUGGUUCAGCGGGCGGUUCGGUGGGGAGAUCAGCCCUGCGGCCCCCAGGGGCCCGGCCUUCAGCCCCUCGCCCCCCCACAGGUCGCUCCUCCUCACCCUCCCCAGCCAACAAGCCCUCUCCACCAGAGCACCAGCGCGCCCACCGCCCCUCGCUCCCAGACAUCUCCCGCCCCUCCAGUGGCAGCAGCAGCUCCUCCUCAGGAAGCGGGAUGAAGCACAGCACAUCUGCACCGCCUCCUCCACCACCCUUCAACAGAGGAGGCCGCGGCAAUGCUCCGCCUACCCCCAAUCAGAAAUCAAAUACUUCGUCUUCCUCAUCCUCCUCUCACAGCAGAGAGAAGCCCCUGCCACCGACACCCAACAGAGGCCCCACCCCUCCCAGCUCUGUGAAGCAGCCUCCGUCUUCCAGCAGGCCACCAACAGGUGGCUCCUCAGCUCCUCCACCUCCUCCACCGUACAGACCACACACAGGCGGCGUCUCCAAUGGGCCGUCCCACGUAGAUGGCGGCGGAGCUCCGGAGCUGCCACAGAGGCACAACUCCCUGCACAAAAAACACACAUCAGGAGGUGGCAGCCAAGGACGCAACCACGCUCCUCCACCUCCUCCCUCAUCGUCUCCAUCUUCCCAGCAGGGCGGCCGACCACCACCACCCGCCAGAGAGCCACCUGGACGCAGAUCAGCUCCUCAGGUGCCCCCAUCCGGGUCUCGUAACGGCGGUCGGGACGCCCCUCCUCCCCCGCCCCCAUACCGUGUCCACAGCUCUGCGCUCUCAGAGCCCCACAGCCGAGUGGGUAAACCACCUCCACCUCCCUCCUCUUCCUCCUCCAUCUCAUCCUCCUCCUCCCGAACCCCGGCUGGACCCCCUCCACCGCCCCCGCCCAUCCGGAACGGCCACUCCUCCAUUUCCUCCUCCAAGUCCAUCAUAGAUGAUUUUGAAUCCAAGUUCAACUUCCACCCCAUUGAAGAUCUUCCACCUCCAGAGGAGUACAGGCAUUUCAACAAGGUCUACCCCAGCAAAAACAACAAGGCCAUGAUGAGAGGAGCUCCUCCAGCGCCGCCGGUGGGGAGGUGAACGGACCUCAGCUCAGGACAUGAACUCUCAGUCAGCCGACUCGAUGGACGGUCGGCGGGGGGGAGAGAAAGCGAGAGAGAGUGGUGAAGAAGCACUCAAAUCACACGACACACUACAACACACACUAACACUAAAACCACCAGCUGGAAGCACAAAGUUAACACUACGACACCACGCAGGUAUGACACGACUCGCCGCUCACCUUCUGUCUUUGCACGAGAGAACAAAAAACCACUCGGGGGUCAGAGACAGACUUUCUGACCGUGACCACCUCGACUUCUCUGCUGACUGGACGUAGAGGCUUCUGUUCGACACAAACAUAUCAGGACCAAACUCCGAACACUUCCAAAUCUGUGCAUUCCAUCUUUUUUUAAUGCAUAAUCAUGAUGAUAAUGGUGAUUUUCAUAAUUCUGGUUUGAUUUUAUGAUUUUGGUGUCAGCAUUAAUUUGUGGGAGGGAAAAAAAUUCAUCACUAUGAAUGGAAACUGUCUUUGAAUUUAUGUUUUCAGCAGGUGAAUUCCCACAGUACUGAUAAUGCCAUGAAUGUGGGGGCUAAGUGACGGUUAUUAUUGUUGUUAUUGUUGUUAUGUUUUGUCUUAAAUAGCCAUUCCAGCAGUGCCAGGUGAGGGUGCGUUUGAAUCAGCUCUCUGUGUCAGUGUGCCAAAAGCGGGUGACAAACUGCACAGGACAGUUUCCAUACAUGUUUUACAUAUGAUUGAAAUUGUCACACAUUUACCGGACAGAUCGCCAAGUCAUGACGGAAGCCUUGCCUGGUUGUUUAUUUUUACAUUUGGAGAGGGACUCUUUCUUGCUUUGUUUUUUUGUGCCCCCUUCUUUCCUUUAUUCGGGGGGUGUUUAUAUUUCCAUCUUCAGGCGAUGUUGCACAGCAGCGUAACUGCUAAACCGAGACACUGUGCAUGAUGCUUAUAUAUGCACGUAUGACAACAGAAGACCCUGGGAUCAGGAUUCAUGUUGAUGUGACAAAAAUCAAAAAGAGGGUUUACUCCUAAUUGUUCCUUGAUGUGUCUGACAAACUGUGGCUCACAUAGUCAGCAUCCAUCUCCAAACACACUGUGAGAGACCAACACUAAAUUAUUAUUUCCUUACUGGACCAAGUGCGUAUGAUUCGGCUGCAUGUUUCUGGAGGUGUUUAUAAGGGAUCAUUCUUCAACUUUCUGUCCAGGGGAAGUCGGUCUGAAAGCUCAGCUCUUUUCUGAAUCAUCACCAUCAUUUUACUUUUGCUGCUGGUGACCCUUUUUUGUAGGCGGGCCGUACGGCCAGAGAAGGAGGACAUGUUGUUUAAUUGCUAUGCAAGGAGCAGUUUGUACAGAUUGUAGUAGGUAGCAGCUAACCAAAAAAAAGAAACACAUAAGUGCCAGAGAAAUGUUGACGCAGAUGGAGGUUCUUUACUUUUCUUGACUUUAAAACACUAAUGACAUCAUAUUCAAACUGAACAAAAAGAAAUGCUGAGAUUCUCAGUGAUGCAGCGCCCCCUGCUGGUCUUUGCCUUACACAAAUCUGUCUCAUCGGUACCAGUGCUUUUUAUUUUUGUUUUGAUCUUCAAAGGGGGUAAGAUGAUGACGAUAACGUAAAUAAGAAACAAGUUUAUUUGAAAAUGCAAUAAAUAUUGUAUAUUUACAUUAAGGAAUAUGGUAAUCAUAGUUAUUGAUCUAUUUUUAUGUUGUAAAAAGCUUGUAAUAUAGGAAAGAUAAAUGAUUAUAACAACGUUCCAGUCGGUGAGCUUUGGUCUGAUAGACUCUCUGUAGCACUUCUCUGGAUGUUUGGCCAUAAGGGUGAAUGAGCUGAAUGGAUGUGUGUGAGGGUUUUGCCAACAACGAGCCAACAUUUUGGGGAUCCUGUCUCUGUGAAUCCAUUUGGCAGGUACUGUAGUGAAGGUGGGUGUGGGUGACGGAUGAUGACAACACAAAACGACUACACUCUGUCCUGGAUGUAUGUUCACCUUGUCACACAGGUGACCCGACACGCUGGUGUCUCCUCCUGUUCUCACCUUGUCCACUCUAAGAGCAAAAACCCUGUGGUCAUUUCAUGUUAAUCAACCAUGUUUUUAUCAUUUGAAAUAAUUUCAAAUAAAUAUGGGGAAAAAGGG